AAGAGAGAGAUUUUAUAUUCUUUGAUCUGUUGAGAGAAUUUGCUUUGAGAGUAAUCUAGAGAGAGAAACUCCUAGUCAUUUUAGUUAGCAAAAUCUCGUUAUUUGUGUGUGAGAGAGAGAGAGCAAUUGAGUACAAUAUUCUAGAGAGAGAGAGAGAGAGAGGGAGAGGCAUUCACUGCAACAUUCUAAAACACCCUUGUAUUCAAGCACUGGUGCUGCAAACCGUUGCUUGAGCACUUAAGCGCCAGGCAUGGCCCCUAGCUUGAUCAAGGGCACGCCUGACGCCCUAGCGGCCUUCCCUGACAACAAACAUGCCGUAACCCUACACGGCGGAGAGUUCUCGGUCUCCGGCCACACCUUCCUCACUGAAGUCCCUCCCAACGUCGUCCUCACUCCCUACCAUUCUCUCUGCUCAGAGAAGGGCAUCGAGAAAGCCGGAGUGUUCGUGGGCUUCGAUGCGGAGGAGCCGAAGAGCUGGCACGCGGCUCCCAUUGGGAAGCUGAGGGGCAUAAGGUUCAUGAGCAUCUUUCGAUUCAAGGUGUGGUGGACCACACACUGGAUCGGAGACAAAGGGAAGGACAUGGAGCACGAGACACAGCUCGUGAUCCUCGACCGCUCCCAUCCAUCUUGCUCGGCAUGUUCAUGCUCGUCUCGGCCAUACGUCCUCCUCCUACCCCUCAUCGAAAAGGAAUUCAGGGCCGCGCUCCAACCGGGGGAGGAUGACAAUGUGGACCUCUGUGUCGAGAGCGGGUCAAGACAGGUUAAAGCCUCCUGUUUUAGGAGCUCCUUAUUCAUACAGGCAGGAGACGACCCAUUCGACCUCGUCCGGGAUGCCAUGAAGGCCGUGAGGUUACACCUCGGGACCUUCCGACUCCUGGAGGAGAAGACUCCUCCAGGAAUCAUCGACAAAUUCGGGUGGUGCACCUGGGACGCAUUCUAUCUGAACGUGCACCCAGAGGGAGUCUGGGAAGGCGUCGAGGGCCUGGUCGAAGGGGGCUGCCCUCCGGGCCUCGUCCUCAUCGACGAUGGCUGGCAGUCCAUUUGCCACGACGACGACCCCAUCACCGACCAGGAGGGGAUGAACAGGACUGCCGCAGGGGAGCAGAUGCCGUGCAGGCUCAUAAAAUUCCAGGAGAACUACAAAUUCAGGGAUUAUGAGAGCAAGAAGAACCCUGACGAUGUGGGGAUGGGGGCCUUCAUUAAGGACUUGAAGGGCGAGUUCAAGAGCGUUGAGCAUGUUUAUGUGUGGCAUGCUCUGUGUGGGUAUUGGGGUGGGAUCAGGCCUGAGGUGCCUGGGUUGCCCGGGUCCAGGAUCAUCGCACCCAAGCUCACACCAGGGCUCGAGAUGACCAUGGAGGACCUUGCCGUGGACAAGAUAGUGAACAACGGUGUGGGGCUGGUGCCCCCUCAGAGGGCCCACGAGCUCUACGAGGGCCUGCACUCCCAUUUGGCCUCCGUUGGCAUUGAUGGUGUCAAGGUGGACGUCAUUCACCUACUGGAGAUGUUAUGUGAAGAUUAUGGGGGAAGAGUUGAACUUGGCAAGGCUUACUAUAAAGCUAUCAGUGAUUCUGUUGAGAGGCACUUCAAGGGCAAUGGAGUCAUAGCAAGCAUGGAACACUGCAACGAUUUCAUGUUCCUUGGCACCCAAACCAUCUCCCUAGGCCGUGUUGGAGACGAUUUUUGGUGCACUGAUCCAUCAGGGGAUCCAAAUGGGACGUUCUGGCUCCAGGGCUGUCACAUGGUGCACUGUGCUUACAAUAGUCUGUGGAUGGGGCAAUUCAUACAUCCAGACUGGGACAUGUUCCAGUCGACGCACCCCUGCGCCACCUUCCAUGCUGCAUCACGCGCCAUCUCGGGUGGGCCGAUCUAUGUGAGUGACUCGGUUGGGAAGCAUAACUUGGAGCUCAUCAAGACCCUAGCAUUGCCUGAUGGCUCCAUCCUUCGUUGUGACUACUUUGCGCUUCCAACUAGGGAUUGCUUGUUCGAGGACCCUCUCCACAAUGGACGCACCAUGCUCAAGAUAUGGAACUUGAAUAAGUACACUGGAGUUUUAGGAGCAUUCAAUUGCCAAGGAGGCGGAUGGUGCCGCGAAUCCCGUCGCAACACGUGCGCAUCCGAAUUCUCGCACGCCGUGAAGUCGACCACCAACCCUCUAGAGGUCGAAUGGAAAAAAGGCAAAUAUCCGAUAAAUAUCGACGGCGUAGAUCUGUUCGCGGUCUAUCUCUACACUGCAAAGAAGCUCAUUACUUUGAAACCUGAUGAAAAUACUGAACUUGCACUCGAGCCCUUCAAUUUCGAGCUGUUCACAGUCUCCCCUGUGAAGCUCUUAUUCAAUGGGGGCUCCAUGGUUAAUUUUGCUCCAAUUGGGCUUGUAAACAUGCUUAACACUGGAGGAGCAAUUUUGUCCAUGAUUUAUGAAGAGACCCCCAAAAUACAGGUGAAAAUGAAGGUGAAGGGGCGUGGAGAGAUGCGUGUGUAUUCGUCUGUUGAGCCUGAAGCUUGUCUUUUGAAUGGGAAAGAAGUUGGGUUCCUCUAUGAAGAGGAGAUGAUCGUGGUUCAGGUGCCAUGGCCAGAAGCUUUGGGUGGGAUAUCAGAGUUAGAAUAUAUCUUUUGAUUCUGUUACCUGGGUCUCAUCUCAAUAAUACAAUAAAAAGAAUUCAGGAGUUUAGAUGGGGCAAGACCCCUCUUUCUCUCUCUAAUUCACAGAGGUGUUCUGUCUCCUUCCUCUCUAGAACUGGCAAGGUUUUCUCUCGCUUUCUCUCUCUCUCUAAUUCCCAGAGGUGUUGUGUCUCCUCUCUCUCUCUCUCUAGAACUGGCAAGGUUCUCUUUCUCUCUCUUUUUCUUUCAAUUGUGCAUAAGUGCACACUGUUAAGGAUCUUCGAAGGGCGUAUACCGUAACGACUUUUGAGUGGUAUCAAUUGGACUACUCAUGUGUUGGCCUUUUUCUAAUUUGUGAUUAUUGUUAUUAAUGAAAUAUCUAAAUUGAAGCUACCUUGAGGC